GGGGAAGAAGGAGCGGAGCGGCCCGAGCAAGAUGGCGGCGUCUGAGGCGGCCGAGGCGGGCCUGGGGACGGCGGGCUGAGCAGCCGCGGCCGAGCCAGAGCGCCAUGUCGGGGCCAGACGAGCGCGAGCCCGGCGGCGGCGGCGGGGCGGCGGCCGGCGUGGUGGCGGCGGGCGCCGGGGGUCCUCUGGCGCUGGGGGAGGCGGCGGGGCCUGGCCCGGGGGGCGCCGAGGAGCCGGGGCCGCCGCUCGGGGCUGGGGGGGCGGGCGCGGGGGGAGGCGGCGGCGGCGGCCUUGUCCGGCAGCCCGAGCCCGGCGGCGACCGCGACUCCGACGCGCCGCCCAAGAAGCGACUGAAGCUGCCGGGCGGAGCCGAGGGAGGCGGCGGCGGCGGCGGCGUCAAGCUGGAGGAGCGCCUCUACUCGGUCCUCUGCUGCACCGUGUGCCUCGACCUGCCCAAGGCCUCCGUCUACCAGUGUACAAACGGUCACUUAAUGUGUGCUGGGUGCUUCAUCCACCUGCUGGCAGAUGCCCGGCUGAAAGAGGAGCAAGCCACUUGCCCAAAUUGUCGCUGCGAGAUCAGCAAGAGCCUCUGCUGCCGAAAUCUUGCCGUAGAGAAAGCAGUGAGCGAGCUGCCGUCGGAGUGUGGCUUCUGCAUGCGUCAGUUUCCUCGCUCUCUUUUGGAGAGGCAUCAGAAAGAAGAAUGCCAGGACAGAGUUACUCGGUGCAAAUACAAGCGGAUUGGGUGCCCCUGGCAAGGCCCUUUCCACGAGCUGACCGUACACGAGGCAGAGUGCACACACCCAACAAAGACGGGGAAUGAGCUGAUGGAGAUUCUGGAUGAAAUGGACCAAACGCAUAAAAAGGAGAUGCAGCUGUACAACAGCAUAUUUGGCCUGCUCAGCUUCGAGAAGAUUGGCUAUACAGAGGUUCAGUUCCGUCCUUACCGAACAGAUGACUUCAUCACCCGCCUCUACUACGAGACUCCGCGGUUCACAGUGCUGAACCAGACCUGGGUAUUGAAGGCUCGCGUUAACGACUCGGAACGAAACCCUAACUUGUCGUGCAAGCGGACUCUCUCCUUCCAGCUCAUUCUCAAGAGCAAGAUCAACUCCCCCAUGGAGUGCUCGUUCCUGCUGCUCAAAGGACCUUACGAUGACGUGAAAAUCAACCCUGUGAUCUAUCACUUUGUCUUUACCAACGAGAACAACGAAACGGACUACGUGCCGCUCCCCAUCAUAGACUCUGUGGAAUGUAACAAAUUGCUGGCAGCCAAGAACAUCAACCUGCGUCUCUUUAUAUUCCAGAUACAGAAGUAAGCGUAGAGCAAAGCUUGGCUUUUCCAGGAGUGACCGAGAGAGAGAAUGAGAGGGCGAGAGAGAAAAAGCGUGCACCACUGAACCAGAGUUACCUCGAACGGCUGCCUCGACCCCUUUAUGAUUCCACAGUUAUUUGAUUAUUUUAAAGAGAACAUUUUGCAUGUGUGGUAUACAACAGCUUUGAGCGGCCGCUACCUUCCUCGUCUCUCUCUCCAUCUCUGCCAGGAAUAGGCGACUGGGGAACCGGCUCGGUGCAGGGUACGGACGAGGCUUGAGAGCGUCAAGCUGGCAACCACCAAUCAAUACAUUGUGAAAAGGCUGCAUCUGUGUCAUGAUUGUGUGUGAUCUCCACAAUGUAGUGUCAGGGCGGUUGGGUGGCGGUGUUAAGGUCCUUCACUGUGUCCUUCUGACCUGGUGGGCUUGAAUAAUAGUAGCAAGAAUUGGGUAGAAUCUGGAAGUGGUGGGUUCUGUCUUCGAUUUACUGGAAUAAAACAAAUGGGAGAUUCUCAGAUAACCAAGUCAUCUUCAGAGACCCCCGCCCUACCCAGGCAAGGGGCUUUUUGCCAGGCUCCUUCUAACUGGGCUAAAAUGCCACAUUCUGUAGAGUUCUGUAGAGAGGGGAGAUAAUAGCGUACUGGGUGCUUUGUGGCAUGAAUCAGUAGCGGGCUCACCAAUCUUCCAUUUGUGUAUCAGUAGUUUAGAUCACCCCCCUCCCCCAGCUUUUUCCAUACGGUUCAGCUGUGAAGAAGCGUUUGAAAUGAAGUCAGGAUUAAUAGAAGGUUAAUGAUGACAAAUAGAAAAGUUGCUGGCUCUUCCUUUCUGGCAGGAAGUAGCAUCCUCAACGUGGCUUGAAUUGCACUUCGCGAGGAGAGAAUCCAGAGAGGUCCCGGCGUUGCCCUGUUCCUUCUGUUCCACCCCAGUCCCCCCACCAUCAGGCUUGAGAUCUUGACAGACUAGAUAGGAACCUACAUAGAACUGACCCAAAUCAGUGCAGACUUCUCGGAAUGCAGGGUGAUUUAUUCUGUCUGUUUUGGGAACUUUCCCAAUACUUUGGAAAAAAUAUCUUUCUUUCUUUCUUGUGCAAAUGAGUUAACAGGCUCUUAUAGUAAUUAUGCAAUUUUACAAUGUGAUUUUAUGUAUGUAAUAUAUAUAUAUAUAUAGAUAUAUGGAUGAGGAUAGCGUGGCCGUUCACCAAAUUUCAACGAGAUCUACAGGGAUAUUUUGCUUGAUGCUCUUAAACAUAUUUUUAACUGGGGUGGGGGGAAUUGGUGGUGGAUGAAGACUGUAUCAUGAGGAACUAAUAGGUUGCACAUCCAAGAUGAUUUUCUUCCCUCUCCUUUUGACUCCUUCCCCCUCAUCCUCAUGCCAUUUUUUUAUUUAAAGGAAGCUACUUUUGGUGGCAAUGUAUGCUUUAUAUGGACUAAUUGGAUCAGGUAUGUUUUUUAAAACGUGAGAAUUUGCUGCAGGUGCUGUCCUCCUUGGGACUUAUUGCUGUUAAAAGGGUAGCAAAACAGUUCCCGCCCCCCCCCCCCCAGUUUUAAUGUCCUCCUUUCUCCCUUCAGCCUCCUGGUCAUAGUGGUGGCAGGUGGUAGUCAAAGAAGCGUGAAAUGUGGGGAGUUAGUCUGCGAUGUCCCAGGAGUAGGCUGGUCUGUUGUCACUGUGACCCACCAAGCUAUGUGCGGCCCACCAGCUGCACACUGUGCCAUGCCAGGUAUGUAGACACCCGUCUUGUGUUUGCCCUGGCAGGGCAGCAAAAGCUCCUGGUGACUGCCUGGGCCACAUUCAUUUUAGCAGGCCACAUGCUCUUGGGAGUCCCAGAGUAGGAGAAUGUCUUAGCAUGUGUUUAGAAAAAGUAAAGUGCCCAAGGGUAACGAGAGCUGAAGGUUGGCAAGCUGUUUAGCAGGAUGUUCCAGCUGAUGGCAUGUUAAACUGUUCAGCAAAGGAGUUGCCCCAUAUUAUAUUAGUCCUGUCUGAUGGGAAUGUGAAGGCAGAACUUCUUUCCUGAACAGCAUGGGGUGGGAUACAUGGAAUAUCUGAAACAGUUGUGAGCUUCAGAGGAAGAGCUUUUCAGACAUGCAUACAGCUGUGGCUUGUUUGUUCGUUUUAGCUGGUGAUUAGGAAUUAUUGACUAACUAGACAGGGUUUUGUUUUUGUUUUACCAGUUGAGGGUUGCCAAAGCCAAAAUUAUGUCUCUCUUGCCCUAAGGUGUUUUAAUUGCAAGGACUCUGAAUCAGGAACUAGUUCUUAAGAUCUUCACAAAGCAGGCUGCAUGCUAAAGCCCCCCUUCUAGGCAACUUCUUGUAAUGGGCGCUUUUGAGAAUUGGCAGCCUGGAAGAUCAGCCUUUUGAAAUGGUCUGUGAAGGGCAGCACACUUGCUCAAAACACGUGGAACAAGAAUGCCCCUUAGAUGCCUGUGUGUGCAUGCAACUUUCUUCCUUGUAUUUGGGAAUGCAAACCAGCACUGAGCACUUUCUCAGGUAUUCGGAACGAAGAGGCUGUUUCUGGGCUCAAGUGCAGAACAUGUGGAUUGAGGAAGCUUGCAGCUUGUCCUGGGAACUAAAGCUCAUGGAUCCUUUUAUUGUGGAGCAGAUGUCAAGACUGCGGCCUCUAAAUAAUAGCCAGAAUUUGCACAUCACUUAAUCCUUAAACUGGAGCAGGUCUAGACUUGAAAUAGUUCUUCCCUACUUUAUUUGUGUACUGUGGUUGCUCUGGAAAUAAAUGCACACACCAAAAGUUUUACUUGUAAAAGGAGCUUAUGUAUACACUAAUGCAGAGGUUAGAAAUCUGCUCAUCAUGCUUCCAGGGACUGGCUUCAGCAUUAACCUUAACUUAUGAGUAGAAGUGAUAUACUAGGUAACUGCAGAAGAAGGAAUGCUUUCAAUGGGCCUGCCUUUCCUGCAGCCCGUCUCUGGAAGGUCAUAGGAAAGCUCAGACCUCGUCCUCAUGUAGAUUGAAAAGGCAACAUCAAUUCCCACAGGCUAGCAAUGGGGGGGGGGGAGUGCUGAUAAUGCCUAUGUCCAGAGCUUCCCAGACCCUGAUGUUUGGCAUGUGGUCAUAUAACUUGGAUGCAAGAGCAUCUUUGGGAGUAGCUCUAACUGGUUGGAUGUUGGAAGAGCUAACAUGGUAGUUAGGAGGAAGGUGUUCUUAGCAGGACUUCAGACCCCUCUCGUAAGAAACGGAACACAAUCCUGGGGAUGGGAAGAGAAGGAAGAUGAGAUUGUGAACCAUCUUGUCCAAUAGGCAGUGCUGUACCUCCCUCCCAAGAGAUGGAAGUGUCUGGAGGAACACCAGUGGAAAGAGGGGUUUGCUUGGCAUCCCACUUGGGUGUGGGAAGCGAAAUGGGCUUGAUCCUUGAGAUUCAGAACAUGGCAAACCGAGUGGAGCCUCUUCCACUCCCUCCCUUUGGAUCCUACCAGAGAACACCUGUCCAUAUUUUCAGAAUGCACUUGAGAGAUGGAGGGUUGGGCAGUCCUCCCAUAGGAUGGUAUUCAGAUUUGUUUUACUUGGAGCAGACCUGUUUAAAUUCAUGGGUCUAACCUAGUUAUGUUCUUUAAUUUCAGUGGGUCUAUUCUAAAACUUAGUUGAAUGCUACCCAUGGAGUCUUCCAUGUGUGGACUUUUUCUACUGUGUCAUCUGUAUGUCUCCUGUUGCUGCUUUUUUUUAAAAGAAGAGACCUUUUGCUCUAGUUAGGACUAGAGGAGACAGAGUUGGCUACUGACGACUGGAGCGGAGGUCUAGAGGAAUUUGUGAUGUAGUAACUUUGAAUGAAGUGCAGUUGAAUUGUGCUGCAAACAAGCUGUAGCCUGGUGGUUGUACCUCUCGGCUCCUUUCCAGAGUUGGGGUAUCUUGGGUGUGAGUUCUCCCAUCCAGACACUUCAAUACAUUUGGCAUCUACCUCCUAAAAAGAGACCAGCUGCCACAUUCUUCCUUCCCCAGCAGGUUCCUCUGCUAAGACAGUUAGUGGCUGAUCAUCUCAGUCUAGCCAGUGGCAAAGAGCUAACUUGGAAGUUACCCAUUGGGAGCGGUUCAUGGGUAGACAUCAUUUCCCUUUAUCCUGUAUAAUUGAAGGCAGUUCUUCCCCCCCCCCCAACGAUUACUGCAAGAAUCUAUUAUCUAUUUGCCAAGCUUCUGACUUCUCCAGUAUUUCUGGGGGGGAGGGGGCAAUGUGUCGGAACAGCAGUGGUUCAUGGGACAGAAGGGACCCUCCUUGUUUCUUGAGAAGCUGUUGUUUAGGCAUGAUCUCAUCGUGGCAGUGGUUAAUUCUCCCUGAGAACCAAGUGAGGGAUGGAAUUGGCUGCAGAGCUUUCCCUCCCCUGGAAUGAAGAGAGCAACUGUGGCCACCCCAAGAGUCUGUAUGUAGUGAAGGACACAAGCACUUUGAAAGUGGAAGCUGAGGAAGUCUUCCCAGGGCUUGACAUGAGAAGCGUGUUAAGACUUUCUGGUCUGGGAACCAUUUGUGUGAUUGGGGUCCUCCUUGGGCAUACCUCCCUGCCAGGCUUGCCACUGCCAGCAUUUUUGCUUCCCUGCUUUCAUUCUCAUCCUCCCUGCCUCACCACCACCACCUCCUCCUCCUCCUCCUCCUGGGUUGCCCUGUCCUCACUACGGGACUCUGUCCAACUUCUACUUGGUAGCUGAGCCUUAUCUGUCUAGUUCUGUGCUAGACGCCUAAAGAUUGUAGCAUGCUUAUCCAUGCCAGGGCCUGAAGGACUGGCAGACCACAAACCUCCUUACAGUAUUCACUGUGGGUAAUUUAUUUAACUAGCGAAUGUAGAAUUAAAAUAAUUUAAAAGAAAACUAAUGGUUUGUUUGCAAGAUGGUAUGUCCGUUGUACUUGGCCUGAUUUUUCAUUAUUUGUGUUCCUGUUGAUCUUUUCUUCUUCUUUUUUGUGGAGAAAGAGAGAGAGAGAAAGAGGGGUUCUCUGUUGGACCUUGGAAUCCAGCUGGAAGCUCCGGCUUGAAACCAGAAGAAAGUGGGAAGGGCAAUGUCAGUCUCCAGGCGCUUGUAUAACGGAAGGCUGCCACUUCUGUCAUCACCCCCUCCAUCUCUCCACCCCGCAGGCUGGCCAAUGAGAUGUGGGGCAGGGGACACAGCACGGGCUACAGCUGCUCCAGCGUAACAGCUUUGGGGGCACCUGGCCAUAAGCUUCUGCCGCUACCGCCCGUCCCACCUUGUGUCUUCUCCAUUUUUGCGAGCACUACACAUGAUACCGAAAUGGCUUUUUAAAAAAUGAGGGAUGGUUUUAAAUGUUGUUGGGAAUGAUUUCUUUUGUUCCUUUAUCUGGUCUGCGUUUGUUUGAAGUUUCUGUAUGUAAUGUAGUUUAAACGAAACAAAACAAAAAAAGUAUUGCCAACCCA